CUCCAGUGCCAGCUAAAAGUUGUGGGCAAAGCGAACGCUCGCUCAGUCUGCGAUACAAACUUGAACCUGAAAGAUCGAUUCGACUACGGGCACAUCGAAUACAGAGAGUGAGCCCGCGUACGCGUUCAGGCCCCAGUCCCUCCCCAUUAAGCCAUUCCCAAGCCGGUGAAUUCUCAGUGAAGUGAACGAUUUAUGGAAAUAUAUUGAUUGCAGCUCAACGCAAUUGAAUUAAAUAAAACUCAACAAGUGUGUGAAUCGAAAAUAAACAUUGUCCAUUCAGAAAUAUACGUACAUAUAUAUACGUGCACCGGUAUUCUACCUGAACAACAUCGCCAUGGAAUAUCACCGACCAGCAGAUGCCCAGACAAUGCUGCUUAUUAUGAUAGUUAUCAUCGCCUGCUUGUCGAAAGCGGACGGACAGUCCUAUCUGAUCGCCCUGGAGAACGUUCUCAACGAGUCCAGCCAGCCCCAGCCCCAGCCCCAGCCACAGCCGCCAUACAACUUGACUACUGCGAACAGCACAACGGAUGUGGAUCCGUUUGCCAACAGCACUCGCAUAAUUGUCUACAAAAACACUGUCGUGGAGCCCUCAAACGAAUUGUCACAAACGGCCAUGGAUGUGAUCACGAUCGUGUGGUAUGUGGCCACCUUUUUGGCCCUCGCGGCCUUCUUCAUGCUGAUGGCCUGCUCGGAUCGCAGAUGUCGCAACAUGAGGCGCCACCAUUCAGGAGCUGCAGCUCAGAGCGAUGGCAUAAGAGCGCCGCCCACUCCCUCACCGUCGUACAGCGAGUUUGCCCCGCCCAGCUACGAUACGGUGAUCAAGAUGCAGCAUGCGGCCAAGACCAGUGUCUUUGUGAUACCCUUCAACAAGGCCAGCGAACCGACAUCUCCAACUUCGCCGCCUGUCACGUGCAAUAUUUAUACAGUCAAUGAGCUGCAGAAAUCGGGGAAUUAAAAGAUAAGACCGACCCCGAGCGACGGUUGACUGUGAGAACUCCGCCUCUGUGAUAUUUGCUGUGACCCCCCAGACGAGUGUGGUGCAGCGGAAGAUGUGUAUAUGUUUGUGGCAUAGCCUAGUGUACCUAAAAAUAGGACAAGUAUUAGAUGUAAGAUCCUGCAGAAGACUGACAACGAAAGAUAUCCACGUAUGCAAAUGUAAUUUCCAUAAGAAAUGCCAGUUCAACUGAAACUAGAUGACUAAGCAAUCAAAUAAAAUAAAUUAACAAAUUAUUAAGUA